AUGGAGCCAUGGCCUCUCGUGUUGCUGCUGCUGUGCCUACAGGAUUGUGUCUCAGGUCUCUCCAUUGAGAACGUGUACCGGAAAGUGCGGCGGCGUGAAGGGGAGUCUCUGUCCGUGCAGUGCUCCUACAAGAACCGCCGGAACCGCGUGGAGGGCAAGGCUUGGUGCAAAGUGAAGAAGAGGAGGUGUGAGCUUAACUUCAUCCGGGACUGGGUGAAGGGGCCCAGCUACUCCAUAAGGGAUGAUGCCAAGGCCAAGGUGGUCUACAUCACCAUGGAGGCCCUCAGAGUCCAGGACUCCGGACGAUACUGGUGCAUGCGUAACACAGCUGGGAAUCUCUAUCCCUUGGUGGGUUUCCAGCUGGAAGUACAUCCAGCCCUCACAACUGAGAGAAACACUCCUCCCACGCAUCUAACCAACACCUUCGAGAGUGGAUUUGUCACAAUGGGCCAGGUCCCCAUUUCAGGCCCUCACAACCCUGUCACCUCUGACGUGAUUGUAUUCACAUCUGGACUCCUCACCUUGGCCUCAGGGACCACCGCACCAACCCCUGUGACAAGCUACAGUUUCACCGAUACCAGUGGCACCCUCACAGAGCCCGGGAGGAGCACAAAGUCCCAGCCAGUGACCGUGUCUCCUAGCAAUUCGAGACCCUUCUCUGCUGACCCAGUGACCACCUCCACCGUGUCCAGACACCUGAGCAGCGGCUUGUCCACCACGGGGAUGUGGCACCAGUUACCCCCCAACAGGUCCCAGGAGACUUACCUCACUGCAAUGGUGGUGGUGCUGACAUUCCUUCUUGCGCCUGUGGUGUUGGUUAUGGGCUAUGGGUUUUGGAAGAAGAGGCACAUGGGAAGCUACAACUUGGGCAGCAACUCGGCUAAACCCUGGAUACACCUUCCUGAAGGACCAGAGACGCUGUGGAAGCCUGCUUGGUCUAAGAUAGCUCAGUGAUCUGGGAAGCCGAUUCCAGUGGGUUCAGAGGCCAGAAGAGGACCGAAGACAGGCAAUGGCCCUGGGGCAGGAGGACACACCGCUGCCUUCCUUUCACCCCGACCACUGUGUUCUCAGCUUCCCUCUGUUCCCUACAAACUUCUCCAGAUGUUUGGAGACAAGAACCAGGACUCAUGAGCCCUCGAGGCAGCCGAUGUCUCUAGAGUCCUGUUCUGGAUGAGAAGGGACAGUGACUAAGGCCUGGGGACACAAAGGCAUUGGUAGCAGGAGGUCUCAAAGCUGACAAAGGCCACGUGUCUUCUGAUGUGCCCUGACUGUGGCUGCUGGCCCUUCUGUCCCGGAAGCCUGCAGAUCCCACAUGUCACUUGGUUCCUG